CUUACAUUAAAUAUAAUGAUCCCUAUUCGUUCUGUAAGAACCAUAACAACGCGUAUGGGAAGACUAUCCAUGACACGUCCCAGUAUGUCUGUCAAGCCACCUGUUAUGCAACGAUACUACACGACUAAUGCUCCUCAACCGGGAAAUACGGGAGGGGGAUUUAGUCCUCUUCUUUGGAUUGGUUGUAUUUCUUUAGGUGGUGCAUACACUUACUAUCAAAAGCAAAGAGCAAACAGGAUUGAUGCAUUACUUGAACAAGAAGAAGCUAAAAAACAUGGCGACAACAAGGAAGAAAGUUCUUCGCCAUCGAAUAAGAACUCGGAAAAGGCAAAGGAAAAAGGAAAGCCUGCUGUCUCUGACGCACCUAAAAAGAACAUUAAUUAUCAACAAGUGUACAAUGACAUUGCUGAUUUACUCGAUAGUAAUCCUGAUUAUGAUGAUGGUUCUUAUGGUCCUGUUCUUUUGCGUCUUGCAUGGCAUUCUUCUGGUACGUUUGAUGCUCAUGAUAAUUCCGGGGGUAGCAGUGGUGGUACCAUGCGUUUCAGAACAGAAGCAUCGCAUGCAGCCAACAAUGGAUUAGAAAUUGCACGCGAUUUAUUACACAAGCAUAUUAAGCCUAAAUAUUCUGAAUUAAGUUACGGUGACAUGUAUACGUUGGGCGGUGUCGUAGCUGUUCAAGAACUUGGUGGCCCUGAUAUUAAAUGGAGACCGGGUCGAAUUGAUGCAGAUGAGAACAAAUGCACGCCUGAUGGUAGAUUACCUGAUGGGUCCAAAGAAGCCAGUCAUGUUCGUGAUAUUUUCUAUCGCAUGGGAUUUGAUGAUCAGGAAAUUGUUGCUUUAAGUGGUGCUCAUGUAUUAGGCAGAUGUCAUCUUGAUCGUAGUGGAUUUGAAGGUCCAUGGCAAGAAGCACCUACUUAUUUCUCGAAUGAAUACUUUAAGGCUAUUACUGAACGCGAAUGGGUCAAGAAGAAGUUACCUAACGGAGGAUGGCAAUGGAGUGAUAAACAAAAUCCAGAUAUCAUGAUGUUACCAAUUGAAAUUACGAUGCUUCAUGAUGAGAAAUUGAAGCCCUAUUUUGAACUGUAUGCAAAGGAUCAAGACAAGUUCUUUGAUGAUUUUGCAAAGGCUUUCAAGAAACUCAUUGAAUUAGGUGUACCUUUUACAGGAGAAGAAAAAGAAUAUGUUUUUAAGAGAAAAAACAACUAAAAAAACAAAACGUUAAUUAAACAACCCAUGUGUACUCUU